AUGACGAUGGGUGAAGGUUCUUCUGUCGAACAAUUUGCGAUGCGUUCACGAGCCGCAAGAACUUCAUCAAAUGAAGGGCUCAAUGAUCAACCAACAUUCAAGGAUAUCGUUUUUAUUGAGAGAAAAGUGAAAAGUGGAGAUACUCUUAAUAAAUUAGCUAUUAAAUAUCAAGUUAAUGUAAGUUUUUUUGUAUAUUUAAAACAAAGGAAACCCUUGUUUUUAAAUAUUUUAGGUAGCUGAAAUAAAACGUGUAAAUAACAUGGUAAAUGAUAUGGAUGUGCAAGCCUUGUCAAAAAUCAAAAUCCCAGUCAGCAGAAUGCGAAUGGCAUUAGGUGUACAAACAUCGAGUCAAGAUGAGCAAGAAGAUGAUGAUGUUCUUAUUGAUAUUGAUGAUAGAACACAUUUGCUAUCGAAAUCGAGAGAUACAAGUGUUGAGGAUAUUUUUAGCAAAACUGAUUCGAAUAUUGCACAAGUUCGUGAGGCUUUGCCGGAAGAUGGGAUAAAUACGGGCAGUUUUCAUUUUGUGACUGCGCGUGAUCCAAAUUCUGGCAAUAUUUCGGUUUGGCUUGUUGUUGUUGGUGAGAUUUUGGGGGAUAAUGCAAAAAUAUUGUAUUUGUGCUGGAAAUUUUUGAAUUUUAAUGUUUAAACCACAAGUUUUGCGCUAGAGCACAUUUGCUUUUCCACAUUGAAAAAUCACAAUUUUUAGCUGAAAACUUGUGAAAAAUGAAAUUUUUCUCAUUGGAGCACAUUUUCUCGUCCGAAUUCGAAGCAAAUGUGCUCUAAUGAAAAAUAUUGAUUUUCUGCUUGAAAACGUAUAAUUUUCAGCCAAGAAUCUAUAUUUUCUCAGUGGAGCGCGUUUGAAUCUCCGAAUUCAAAAUCUAAAUCAUUUAAAUCAUGAUUUUCAUCAAUUUUUUUGAAUUCGGAGGAGCAAAAAAUGCUCUAAUGAGAAAUUAUAGAUUUUUGAAGCAAACAUUCUCUACUGAAAAACCACCAAAUUUUCCCUGAAAAUCAAAACCCUUCAAAAAUCCACGUUUUUUUCCAGCCGUCAUUCUAAUAUUCUGCAUUCUCCCUCUCAUCCUAACAAUCUACGAAGAAGAAGAAGCCGCGCAUCAAACUUGA